CGUCGGGGUAGCUAUGGGUAAUAUACAUCAAAUUAUGUAAAAAUAUUUUCCAAAAUGCAAAUAUCCACAGAGGAAAAUGGGGACUACGUUUGUAAGGAGAAUCGGCCAUCCUCUUUCCUCUUAAAAUUUAAGAAACAAACUGCCGCCGCUAUACAAUCGAAGCUACGCUCUCAUUAUAAAACGACUGUGUAUAAUAAAAUGAAAUUUGAUAUGAAUAUUCUAUUUUUUAUUUUUAUUUAUUUAAACUUUAUUGCACAAUACAUGAAGAGUACAAAUGGCGGACUUAAUGCCAGAAGGCAUUCUCUACCAGUCAUCCAUCAAGUAGGUAAUCUAUUUGAUACUAGUUUUCGUAGUUAAAAAUUUCAAUAAAUAUAUUUUAAAAAGAAUACAAGUUUAACGUACAAAUUUUCUUGUAUUAACAACUUUUAGACACAAAUUAUUACUAGACAUAGACAGAUACAUAUUACGUAAAUGUUCAUGCCAAGUUUCAUGUAAAAUUAAAAGCAUGUCGUUUUAAAAUAUACAUAUGAAUGGAUUAUUUGCGGUGGGAUAGUGUGUUUCUUAAGUUUUAUUUUAUUUUAUUAGGUAUAGUUUUGUGAGAUACCAAUAAAAAUUAGGCCACAAUGCAAGUGUUAAGAAAUCGCAUCAUCUGUACAAGUUUUUCUGUGGCAAAUAAAAGUAUAAGAAGAUGUGUCAGUGGACUCGCUUGCCCUAUGAUUGAACAGAGGCAAAAUAUAAAACCAUUCGAUGAAAUACCUGGACCAUCGAGCGUACCUUUCUUAGGACCGAUCCAUAAUUUUUUACCCGGAGGAAAACUGGCAGGUUAUAAAGGAGUGAAAUUGUCCGAACGUCUUUACAAAUUGUACGGGCCUAUUGUGAGACUUGAUGGGAUUCUUGGCGGAUACGAUACGGUAUUCUUAUUCGAUCCUGACGCAGUGGAGCAUGUUCUGAGAUCCGAAGACCCGACUCCAGUACGACCUUCUUUGGAAACAAUGGAAUACUAUCGCAAGAGAUACAACAAGACUUACGAUCCUAAACGAAUUGUGGGACUUAAUGAUCAUGGCGACAGUUGGAGAGAAUUUAGAACAAAAGUGAACCCCAUAAUGAUGCACCCGAAAACUAUAAAAGUGUAUGCAAACGCGCUGGAAGAAGUAUCUAAUGACAUGGUGUCGAGAUUGAGAACGAUUCGUGAGGACGACCACAAAAUCACGAAAAAACUCAACGUUGAAAUGAACCUAUGGGCUCUAGAGUCCAUAGGCGUAGUGGCACUCGGCACCCGCCUAAACUGCUUCGAUACAAAUUUACCCACGGACUCUCCAGUCAAAAAGCUAAUACAAAAUGUUCACGACAUUUUCAAUAUAGCUGACAAGUUGGAUUUCAAUCCAAGUUUCUGGCGGUUGAUUUCGACACCUAAUUUCUAUAAAGCAAUGAAAAUUUAUGAAGAACAUGAAAAAUUAACAAAAUAUUUCAUUGAUCAAGCAAUAAAAAAAAUAGAGGAAUCAAAAAAGGAUUUGGCAAACACUUCAAAUUCUGAAAAGCCUAUUUUGGAGAAAUUAUUAGAAAUCGAUGUUGAAACAGCUCGUGUCAUGGCCUCUGAUAUGCUGAUGGCAGGAAUUGAUACGGCAUCAAACACAGUACUCGCUACAUUGUAUCUCCUCGCAACAAAUCCAGCAAAACAGGAGAAGCUUAGAGAAGAAGUGCUGAGCAAGCAGUCAAGGAAACCUUACCUCAGGGCGUGCAUCAAAGAAUCCAGGAGGAUGCUGCCAGUAGUCAUCGGAAAUGUGAGGCUGGUAGCUAAAGAGUACAAUCUGCUUGGAUACCAUAUUCCGAAAAACAGUUUAGUUUUGUUCGCGCACCAAUACAUGUCAAGCAUGAGCGAGCAUUACCAGAAACCAGAUGAGUUUCUCCCGGAAAGAUGGCUUACGGACAAGGAUGAUCCUUUACACCAUGGCAACACCCAUCCUUUUGUAACGGCCACAUUUGGAUUUGGAGUUAGAAUGUGCUUAGGUCGCCGCAUUGCGCAGUUAGAGAUGGAAACCAUUGUGUCCAAAAUAAUAGAAAACUUUCAGUUGGAUUGGACGAGUGACGAACCGCUUCACAUCGCCCCGACUUCCCUCAACUAUAUUACAGAACCUUUCCAUUUCGUAUUCAAAGACCUAUAGAACCAGAACCUGUGGGGUCCCACUGCUGAGCAAUAUGGGAUAGAAACCAUCAUGUCAAAAAUAAAAGAAAACUUUCAGUUGGAUUGGACAAGCGACGAACCGCUACACAUCGCCCUGACUUCCAUCAACUAUAUUACAGAACCUUUCCAUUUCAUUUUCAAAAAUCUGUUGAAUCAGAACCUGUGGAGACCCACUGCUGGGCAAUUACGAGAUAGAAACCAUAAUGUCGAAAAAAAGAAAAUUUUCAGUUGGAUUGGCCGAGCAACGAACCGCUGCACAUCGCCCCGACUUCCAUCAACUACAUUACAGAACCUUUCCAUUUUGUUUUCGAAGAUCUGUGUAGCAUCAAAACCUGUUGAAUUAGAUAGAAACCAUUGUGUCAAAAAUAAUAGAAAACUUCAACCCUGAAAACUGAAAAAAAACAUAGGUGUUUCAUAUUUGUAUAGUGUAUAGUAAGUAAGUUAACUUAUUCAUUGAAUUUAAUUAAGUUUAACAUUUAAACUUUUUUUUUUAAUUGGGCAAUUUUUCAUAUCCAUUUAUAAUUUUUA